AUGACUGAAGUAAACGAAAAUUCAGACUCUGGAAUUAAUUCAGCACCCAUCCAGUUGAGUGAAGAUGACUGGCUACAACUACUACAGAAGCUUACACCAUCUAGUAUUGAAAGCUUGCAGCAAACCUUAAGGCGGCUACAAACUCCUGAGCAUAUCAACACAACAGAAAAGGGAAAUACAUCAGUACCUUUUGUCAGCUGCUCGCCUUCUGUUCUUGCGCCACAGCCUCUUAUUAGUCAGGCUCAUCCAAUUGUUAUGUCACUUGGUAUGUCCAAAACUCCUAUUGCACCAGUAAUGGCAAUGUCGCAUGUUCUAAACAUUUCUAAAAACACAGCGAACUCUCUCCCAGGAAGGAUUGUUCUCCCCUCAUCAGCACUUCUUAUUGCACCUCCAGCCCAUGGACAAGCAUACUCUUUGGAUUCGUGUUUACCAGUUGCUGAUCUGAGUAGGUUAGUUGUUACCAGCGGAUGUUUUCCGAAUGUGACAUCGAGUUUGCUUGCAACUACAACUAUACCUGAAUCCUUCAGUAGUUUAAACACGCUAGCCAAUGCAGCGGUUGCUAUGGCUGCAAAUGCCUCACACUGGUCAUCUGGUGUUUCAAUCCCAACUACUACCACCACUACUACCACUAGCACAACAGUUCAAAUGUCAAAUUCAUUUCGAUUCUCCCCUAUUCCAUUUACUUCUAUUUCAACUGGAUCUACCAUUUCUACAUGCAAUUCUGUUAAUGAAUUAAUCCAUCAUUCUACGUCUACAUCUGAUUCCGAGUUUACUACACCUAUUUCAUCGAGUUUAGGAUCAACAAGUUUAACAGUUUAUCCAGUUCAUGUUUCUGCUAAUGGUUCAACUGUAUUAGUUGCUUCAUCACCAACUUCUCAAGACAUUUCUAAAUCGUACAUUACAACUAACUUAUCAAUAUCAUCGUCAUCAGUCUGUUCUACAUCAUUUGGAAAUUAUUUAAAUUCUUCUAUAGAAGCAUCCAAUUUAUCUCCAUUAUCUAUUACAUGUAGUUCUAAUUUAUCUUCAAACUCAAUUACUAGUCCUACGCCUAUACUUACAUCAACACCUCGUGGUAAGCCUAAAUUUAAAGCAUUAUGGGAGUCUACUCUUUCUAAUAAUGAACGCAUUAAUCAAUCUAUUGUUAAUGAAUCAUUAACAAAUCUUGAACAUACAACUCAUUCUGUCAAUGAAUGUACAACUACAAAUUCUACCUUACCAAUUAAUUCAAUUUCAAGAACAAAUCGUACAAAUAAACGUCAAUCUCCUAUGCUUGGAAUUAAAUCUAUUGGUCAAACACCUAAACGUCUUGCUGCAACAGCUGCAACACUUUCACAAGAAAAUAAAUCGAUUUCUUCAGAUGGAUGUAAAAAGUUUCUUCUUAUUUGUUCUCCAUCUAAAAAUAUUCCAGUAAAAUCACAAAUUGAAUCAGAUUCUGGUAUAUGUUUGUCGUCUAGUGGUGGUAAUCUUUCAGAGUCUGUUUUAUCGAAAAAUACAUCUUCAUGCACAGAAUUAGAUAUAAUAAAAUCUUGUAAUUCUACUACUCGUCAAUUGAUUACUAAUAUAUCAGAUGAUCGUGUAAAACUACCUAAAAAUACAGAACGUAAUAAUAAUAUUUCAUUGAAACAAUCCAGUUUAUUACACUCGACAGGAUCUAACGUUUCGUCUGGUCGCGAUUCUUCAGAUAUCAUCGAAUCUGACCCUAUUGUUUCUGAAGUGUUUAUGGGGAAAACAUUCGAAAAUGGAAGACGAAGUUUAAAAGAAGAACCGGUUAGUGAUGAUGAAGCUAGACGUCGGGCUAAACGGCGUGAACGUAAUCGAGUAGCAGCGGCCAAAUGUAGACAAAGAAGACAAGAUCAAAUUGAAGAGUUACAGCAUCGUGUUGAUGCAUUGACUAGAACAGGACAAGAACUUCGUUCAUCUCUACAUUCGUUAGAUUUAGAACGAGCUAGACUAGAAAGUCUUGUGGAAGAGCAUAAAUUAGGUCAGUUGGUUAGUUAUUUAUCUAAUAAAGUUGAAAUUUUGCAAAAUUUAAUUAUGUCUAUUGAACAACUGGAUCAACGCAACAAAGAUGAAAGGUAA